AUGCAUGCAUGUCAGCCCUUCCCAGUGAAGGUGCUGCUCGGCCGCCUAGAGCAGGAUUCGGCUCCAUGGUCCAGUUUCUUGCCAGACGACCUGCGUCCCAAACAGGUGAGUGCCAAGGUCUUCUAUGAAAGCGCUUCCACAAAGGCCCAGGCAGAAGCAACAACUCGAAGAGGGGACUAUACACCUGUCGGCAUCUCUGUCUUUGGCCGAGUUUGGGAGUAUUCCCAGGAUGCUGCAGGCUGUCGGGAAGUCCAACUUGCAAUUGAGAUGGCAGAUGAAGAGAGUCGCUGGAGAAUAGCUGCAGAACUUCAGGAUCAUGUUUGGGACGCUGCGUGUGGGCCCCACGCCAAUCAUGUGUUGCAGAAAUGCAUUCUCGUCAUGCAUCCCAAUCAUGUACAGUUCAUUGUGGAUGUCCUGGUGCGUCAGCAGCUAGUGUCGCAAGCAGCAAGGCACAAGUACGCUUGCAGGAUUGUGCAGCGCCUGAUCGAGAGAUGUCCAGCAAAACAGACCAGGCAUAUCUUGGAGGCUUUGACCAGAGAUGCGCAGUCGAUUUCCUGCCAUGCCUAUGGAAAUUAUGUGAUCCAACAUGUUCUUCAGCACUGUGUCGACUCAGUGCCCAACUUGUGCCGAGUCCUAGAGGAGCAUCUUCCCGCCUUGAGCUCCGACGUAUAUGGUGCGGCAGUUGUGAGUUGCGCAAUGAGCACAGCAAGGAGCCAUCGGUGCUUGUCCGCCUGGCGUGCAGUCGGCAUGGAUACGGUGCAGUUCGAGAUGCCUUACAAGUUCUUGAGGGAAUAG